AAGUAGGGACUCCAAAAACAGCCCUCCCUACACUCAUAUAAAGCGCAAAGCUUAUACAAUCUGUCUGCAGAGAGCUCCUGGAACAUACGACCCAGAAAAACCUUAACCCCGACCGAACCCCAUCUCUCUCUUUUUUUCUUCUGACUUCCUGCACGAAACUCGGCCGGCUGGCGAUGGCGUCGCGGGCGCCGUCGGAGGCGUGGAGGGACGAGAAGCAUUUCCGCUUCUUGAACUCGGUGGAGGCUUCCUUCGUGCGCACUGUCUUCGGAAACAAGAACGCCGACGGCAGCGGCGGCAGCGACGACGGCGGUCUCCGCCUUGAUCGGUAUCUUCCCGACAGCUCCGAGUCCACCCAGGAUUUGCAGUCCCAAAGGAGGAAGAAGACCGCAACCUCGUCAUCGUCAUCGUCUUCAGACGGGAUGGGGCCAGGUCGAGGGCGAGAUCGGACGGUAGGCAGGACAGGAGAUCGAGGAAGGUUUCAUCGCAAUCGAAGAAAAAUUCCUCUCACGAUCAGGUGGUCCCACAGCUUGCUGAUAUCAAAGGUUGAGAGGGGACCCAUCAAGUGCAAUGCCCCGUUCUGGAGGCGACACGUGGCACCUUCCAACCAAUGAGAUUUGGGAUGAAAUUCUAAUUUUCCGAAUUUAAGGGUUUGUUUCUUAGAUUUGGUUGAAGUGCAUGUGAAUGGUUUAGCAAGUAAUUUGGAGGGAAUAGUGAGUUUAUUAUUUAGCGGGUGGGCUUGACAACGUAUGAUAUUUAAAAAAUAAUUUUUUUCUUUUCACCAAACCGUGUAGUAAUGGGCAUUAUUGGAAUGUUUUGAUGACAUAUAUGAUCAUAAGAUUUGACUUUCUACUG